AUGGAACGAUGGAAUACUACUGUCACUGAAUUCAUUCUUGUAGGAUUCCCCACACUCUAUGGAUAUGGACCAUUGCUCUUCGCCUGUCUACUUCUCGUUUACAUUCUUACCAUUGCCGGCAAUGUAAUUAUAUUUGUUCUUGUGCGGUUGGACUCACGUCUACAUACACCUAUGUACUUUUUUAUCAGUAGUUUAUCCUUCCUAGAAAUUUGGUACACGGCAGUUACCAUCCCAAAGAUGUUAAUUAACCUCCUGGUACCACGAAAGAGUAUACAUUUUAAUAGCUGUCUGUUGCAGACCUAUUUCUUCCAUUCUCUUGGAGCCAGUGAGUGCUAUCUCCUCACUACCAUGGCCUAUGACCGCUAUUUGGCAAUUUGCCAUCCACUGUAUUACCCUUCCAUCAUGAACUCCAGAAUGACUUUAAAGUUAGUAGUCGCCUGCUUUAGUCUGGGUUUUCUGUGCCCCAUUACUGAAGUCAUCCUUAUUUCUCGAUUGCCCUUCUGUGGGAGCAAUGAAAUUCAGCAUAUCUUCUGUGACUUCCCACCGUUGCUCAGUUUGGCUUGCACUGACACUUACAUGAAUGUUCUUGCAGAUUUUGUCAUCAAUAGCUUUAUUAUAUUAGUGACAUUCACUUUCAUAAUGAUUUCCUAUAUUAGGAUAAUUAUAGCUAUCCUCAAAAUAAGGACCUCUACUGGGCGAAUUAAGGCAUUCUCCACCUGUGUGGCCCACCUGAGUGUAGUCCUCUUGUUUUUCACCUGUAUUGUGUUCAUGUAUGUCCGGCUUACCAAGAGUUACUCUUUGUACUAUGACCGUGUUCUAGCUGUUAUUUAUUCAGUGCUUACCCCUAUAUUAAAUCCUUUCAUUUAUAGCCUGAGGAACAAGGAGAUCAGGUUGGCUUUAAAGCGUUUGUGUGCCAAAAUUAUUUCAAACUCUGUAACAGAGCAGACAUUGGAAUAA